UCUCAGCCUGGUGCGAGCGGAGACUAUGCAGAAGGCCUCAGAACUGGUUCCCAGUGGGAUGCUGUCAGUCAUUGGUAGACCUCAGGAUCAGUAUAAUUAUGCCUGUCUGCAGGCAAAAGAGCACUGCAAGAGUCUGGGGAUGGAGAAUCCUGUGUGCUCUGUGGCCAACUACCUGUUUCCAGAUGGCAGGGUUAUUGCAGGGCACCAGCAGGCUCUGGAUUUCCUCCAGGAAAACUCUCGGCGCCUAAAGUUCAUGCGGGACCAAAACUCUCCCAUCACUGAAGUGGAUGUUUCACUGUCAGAUCCACCAGAGCCAAAGACCAGAGCUGGAUUCUUAAAGUAUUCAUGUGAAAUCACACUGGAUCCAAACACAGCAAACACAUAUCUGUUAUUAUCAGAGGGGAACAGAAAAGUAACAUUAACGGAACAACAGUCUUAUUCUGAUCAUCCAGACAGAUUCACUGGAUGGUUUCAGGUCCUGAGUAGAGAGAGUCUGACUGGACGUUGUUACUGGGAGGUGGAGUGGAGAGGGGGAGGAGUUGAUGUAGCAGUCGCAUACAAGAAUAUCAGCAGAGCAGGGAGUGUGAAUGAAUGUAGAUUUGGACUUAAUGACAAAUCUUGGUCGUUAGAUUGUAACAUCAACAGUUAUACAUUUUUGUACAACAACAUCCAAACUCCUGUCUCAGGUCCUCGUUCCUCCAGAGUAGGAGUGUACCUGGAUCACAGAGCAGGUAUUUUGUCCUUCUACAGCGUCUCUGAAACCAUGACUCUCCUCCACAGAGUCCAGACCACAUUCACUCAGCCGCUCUAUGCUGGACUUUGGCUUUACUAUAAAUAUGGAGCCACAGCUGAGUUAAUUAAAGUGAAAUAGACUGAAGUCUUUCAUAUUGUGGGUUUAAAUCUGUAUUUUAGUUUCAUUUUAUUUUCUCUCCAUCAUUUCUGCACAGAGAUCAGCUGUCAGUCAAACAUUAUGGGUGGUACCUCCACAUCUUCUAGUUGUUCUCUUGAUGUUUCUGAGUUUUUAAAGGAGAUCUUUCCUGUGACUGUUUAUGGAGGCUAUCACUGCUCAUCAUCAUUUUGAUUUACUAAAAUAUUUCUCCACAUGAAAAUGUAAACUUCUCUAUCCUCUAAAUGUUUCUGGAAUAUUUGUAUUGAAAAAUGUCGACAUUUCUCUUUAUGAGUAUGGCAGACCAUGUGUG